AUGUCCCUGGCUUCGGGCGCGGGCCCCCGGUGGUUGCUCUUUUCCUUCGGAAUGGGGCUGGUAUCGGGGUCAAAGUGUCCAAAUAACUGUCAGUGUCAAGCCCAGGAAGUGAUCUGCACGGGCAUGCAGUUAACAGAAUACCCCCUCAACAUCCCCCUGGACACCCGGAGGCUGUACUUGAACAACAACAAGCUCACUGGCCUGCCAGCCAUGCCCCUGGGACUCCUCAGCGACCUGGUCUACUUGGACUGCCAGAACAACCGGAUCCGAGAGGUGAUGGACUACACCUUCAUCGGGGUCUUCAAGCUCAUCUACCUUGACCUCAGCUCCAACAACCUGACCUCCAUCUCCCCGUUCAGCUUCUCCGUGCUCAGCAACCUGGUGCAGCUGAGCAUCGCCAACAACCCCCGUCUGCUGUCUCUCCACAAGUACACCUUCGCCAACACCAGCUCCCUGAGGCACCUGGACCUCAGGAACACCGGCCUGCAGACCCUGGACUACGAGGCCUUCCACCACCUCGCAGUGCUGCGGACCCUGCACCUGAGUGGAAACCCCUGGAAGUGCAACUGCUCCUUCCUGGACUUCGCCAUCUACCUCAUAGUGUCCCAUCUGGACCACCCAGAUGACCAAAAUGCCACGUGCAUGAAGCCCACGGAGCUGCGAGGGUGGCCCAUCUCGCAGGUGGGGAACCCGCUGCGCUACAUGUGCCUCACCCACCUGGACCGCCGGGACUACAUCUUCCUGCUGCUCAUCGGCUUCUGCAUCUUCGCUGCGGGCACCGUGGCCGCCUGGCUCACAGGCGUGUGUGCCGUGCUCUACCAGAAUGCCCGCCGCAAGUCCAGCGAGGACGAGGCGGACGACGAGGCCGGGCACAAGGUGGAGGUCGGCCGGCGCAUCUUCCAAACCAGCGUCACCUCGAGCCACACGGCGUUCCCUCACCUCAUCUAG